AUGGUGCCUAACCCUGCUUAUCGUCGGUGGAUAGCUCAGGAUCAGGCUAUUCUGGGUGCUAUUCAGUCCUCGCUCACUCCUUCCGUGGCUGGCAUGGUGGUCUUUGCCGCGACGUCGAGGGAUGCAUGGGCUACCCUCGAUUCCAGCUUCUCCUCGCAGUCGCUGGCCCGUUCUUCUGCCAUUCGUAACCAGCUGGGUGAGGUCAAGAAACAUAAUCUCUACAUCACGGCCUACUUUAACAAGGUCAAAAGUCUGGCUGAUACACUGUCGUCUAUUGGGAAGCCGCUCCGUGAUGAGGAGUUUACUUCAUUCAUUCUCAAUGGGCUUGAUGAGGACUAUGAUUCUCUCAUUGAAAACAUCAAUGGACGUGACACACCGAUGCCGCCUCGUGACCUCUACGCACGCCUCCUCAACACCGAACAGCGGCUUGCUACCCGCCGCUCCGUCGGCGUCUAUACGGAGGGUCCGUCUGCCAACGCUGCUCUCCGCGGGGGUGCCCGUGGUGCCAAGAAGAAACGCCGUCGUCCGCGGGGAACCAACCUCGUCCACCCGCUCCCGCUGCGCCACCUCCGACGACUGGCCGCAAGCGGCUACACUGCGAGGCCUGUGGUGGUGGGGUUGAGUGUCAGCUUUGCGGCAUUGAGGGAUAUCGACGAGUGUAAGAAGCCAGAAUUAUAUCCAUGCUUUGGCAAGUGUACCAACAAGGAUGGAUCUUUCGAGUGCACAUGCUCAAAAGGACACGAAGGAAAUGCCAGCAAAAAGCAUGGUUGUGUCAUGUCUAUAAACACAGGUUUAAUCAUUGGCCUAUCAGUUUCUAGUGGCCCAACUAUUCUAAUUUUGCUUGUCACCACAAAGAUAAUAAUCCGCAAGCUUAAGAAUCAAAAGGAACAAAAGUUGAGACAAAAGUUCUUCAAUCAAAAUCGUGGACAAUUGUUGCAAAAAUUGGUAUCUCAUAGGUCAGAUAUUGCGGAGCGGAUGAUCAUCCCUUUAAGGGAGCUAGAAAAAGCCACAAACAAGUUUCAUCCAACUCGUAAGCUUGGUGGUGGAGGGCAUGGUACCGUAUAUAAAGGAAUUUUAUCAGACUUGCAUGUUGUUGCAAUCAAGAAGUCAAAUAUUGUGGUCAAGAGUGAGAUUAACGAGUUUAUAAAUGAAGUAUCCAUACUCUCACAAAUCAAUCAUAGGAACAUUGUAAAGCUUCUUGGAUGUUGUCUCGAGACAGAAGUCCCUUUGUUGGCUUAUGAGUUCAUUUCCAAUGGUACCCUAUGCGAUUAUCUUCACAAGAAACCACUAAGAUCACUACCUUGGCAAGAAAUAUUAAGGAUUGCAUCAGAAAUUGGCAAAGCCCUUUCUUACCUUCAUUCGGGCCUUUCUGUCCCCAUAAUACACAGAGAUAUCAAGUCCACCAAUAUACUUCUUGAUGAUGCUUUGACAGUGAAGGUGUGUGACUUUGGAGCUUCAAGGUACAUUCCUAGAGAUAAAGCAACAAUUACAAUAGCGGUGCAGGGAACGUUAGGAUAUUUAGAUCCUACGUACUUUUAUUGUGGCAGGCUAACAGAAAAAAGUGAUGUUUAUAGCUUUGGAGUUAUUCUCAUUGAGUUGCUUACGAGGAAGAUGCCAAUUAUACAUAGAUCAUCCUCAGGUGAUGGGCUAGUCGCACAAUUUGUUGAACUAAUUGCAAAAGGAAAAUUGGUAGACAUACUAGAUCCACAGGUAAUGGAGGAGGGAGGUAGCCAAGUUGACGUGGUAGCUUCUCUAGCUAUGUCGUGCACAAAGCUAAGGGCAGAAGAGCGACCAACCAUGAGGUCAGUGGAGAUGACACUAGAAGCACUUCAAGGACCCAAAGAGCGUUUUCGGGUUCAGGAUGCAACAUAUGAGAGGAGUUAUUCAGCAACAAGGUAUACAUCACCAAGAAGAAGGACAAGCUUAGAGGAAACGAGCAGACAAUAUAGUCAAGAAGAAGAGUUUGUGUUGUCCGCGAGCUACCCUCGAUAG